AAACUUGGAUAUCAUCUUCGCGCCCGGCGAGCCAAUGUUCGCUAACCGACGACUGUUAAAAAUUCAGCCGAUCUCCCUCUCUCUCUAAGGAAUUCGUAUUCGUUAGAAGAAAUUUUCUCUCUGCGAUGGACUCUCGUCAUGCAUCACUAGGUCGAAGAACGCUAGAAGAAAUUCGCCAGAAGAGAGCCGCAGAGAGAUUGAUCAAAACGUCCUCUGGACCUGAUCUCGCCAUAGCUGUUGCAAGCCCUAACGAUGCUCCCGAGAUAAGAAAACCAGAGAGCGGAAAUCGGCUUGCAGAGAAUGAUAUUACAGGCUUAGUUGCUCAAUUACAGCACAUACAAAAGAAGAACAUUGAUCUAGAAGAAGAAAAUAAAACUCUGUUCUCAAAGCUUCGGGCAGUAGAAGCUGAGAAUGACACAUUCCAGAAGCGUCUCAAUGAUCUGGAGCAAAGUACUGUACCAUCAUUACGAAAAGCACUCAGGGAUGUAGCAAUGGAAAAAGAUGCAGCCGUGGUUGCAAGGGAGGACCUGUCAGCCCAGCUUCGUACACUGAAGAAACAGUUGAAGGAGGCAGAAGAAGAUCAAUAUCGGGCCGAGGAGGAUGCAGCAGCACUCCGUGCAGAAUUAAACUCAUUACAGCGACAAGCAAUGAAUGGUCCACCUAGUGACACCACCUUAAUGGGGUUUUCACCUGAUCACAUGCAAGCUAUGGAAAAGGAGCUAGCCAAUUUAAGAUCUCUGUUUGAGCAAGAGUCUCUGUUGAGACAACAAGAGCAACAACGGCUAGUAGAGGAACUAGCACGGACAACUACCCUUAGUUCGGAAAAGCAGGACUUAGAAGAGAAGCUUGCUGCUCUUUCAAACAAGGUUUCAGAGGAUGUCACUCAACAGGCUUCGGAUAACACAUUCUCAUUGAAAGACAAAGAGAAACUUGAGAAGCAAUUGCAUGAUAUGGCUGUAGCUAUUGAAAAAUUGGAAAAUAGCCGGCAGAAACUGCUGGCGGAGAUUGAUUCCCAGUCCUCAGAAAUAGAGAUACUGUUUGAUGAAAAUUCCAAUCUCUCAUCUGCAAAUGAAGAAGCAAUGGGAAUGGUAGUGCACUGGGAGAAUAAGGUGAAAGAUUGUUUGAAACAAAACGAGGAGCUUCGUGGCUUGUUAGACAAGUUGAGAACUGAACAAUCAGGAAUAGGAAGUGCCAAUGACAAGCCAAGUCAGAGAGGUUUUUUUGGAUCCAAUAAAGAGGGGGGAAAUGGUGCUCAAGCCUCAGAGUAUACAGCAGAAAUUGUCUCCCUCAAGGGUCAGCUUGUGAAAGAACAGAGCAGAGCCGAAAAAUUGUCUGCAGAAGCUCUACAACUAUCGGUAAAACUCCAGCAAGCAAUACAGGCAUACAAUGGUCUAGCACGCAUCUACAAACCUGUGCUUAGGAAUAUUGAGAAUAAUCUUCUGAAGAUGAAGCAAGAUGGCUCAGAGGUCGUGCUGAGAGCCUGAGAACGAGGCCAAGGCUGUUUACGCGAGAUUUUUAUUCUUUAUUUUUUUAGAGAUUUUUAUUCUUCAUGUAAGAAUGCUUGUAAAACCAUCAAAUGAUGUCUAAUCUUAAUUCGAUAAGUUUUAACUGUGUAA